UCAUCAUCCAUCCUCGUCAUCUAUUUAUAGAUAUCCUUUAGAUCGCGUUGUUCAACUUGAUUCUCAAUGUAGAUGCUCUGAUAUUUUCACAUUUCAAGAUCUUCACAUUAUGGAACAACAAUUGACAGUCUACUGCUGA